CACCCGGGCGGUCAGUCAGUCAUUCAGUCGCUCAGUCAGCCGCAUCAGAAGAGCCGCACGCCGGCCGGGCUGCGAGGAAGCCGCCGCCAACUCCGCUCGCUGCACUUUUGUUCCGCGGUCGCUCGGUGAUCUUCUCGGAUGCUGGAUGACAUCCGCCGCCAGUCCCGCCGCCAGCCCCACAACCAGCCCCGCAACCAGCCCCACCACCGCACCUCUGACCGGCGAACAUGGACACUCAGGGCAGCCGCUGUAAGAUUGUGGUGGUCGGGGACGCGCAGUGUGGAAAAACGGCGCUGCUGCACGUUUUUGCCAAGGACUGCUACCCGGAGAGCUACGUGCCCACCGUGUUUGAGAACUACACAGCCAGCUUUGAGAUCGACAAGCACCGCAUCGAGUUGAACAUGUGGGACACGUCAGGUUCUUCUUACUACGACAACGUGAGGCCGUUGGCGUAUCCCGAUUCCGACGCCGUGCUCAUCUGCUUUGACAUCAGCCGCCCAGAGACUUUGGACAGUGUCAUUAAAAAGUGGCAAGGUGAGACGCAGGAGUUUUGUCCCAACGCCAAAGUGGUCCUGGUGGGCUGCAAGCUGGACAUGAGGACAGACGUCAGCACCUUGAGGGAACUCUCCCAGCAACGGCUCAUCCCAGUCACCCACGAGCAGGGCAGCACGAUAGCACGGCAGAUGGGCGCGGUGGCCUACGUGGAGUGCACGUCCAAAGUGUCGGAGAACAGCGUCCGGGACGUGUUCCACAUCACCACGCUGGCGUCGGUGCGGCGGCCGCACAAGCCUCAACUGAAGCGCAGCGGCUCUCGCCGGGGGCUCAAGCGGACGUCGCAGCUUCCCCUACCGACGCUGCCUGCUCGGACUGAACCCAUGGACCAAGCCCCCGUCCUCAGGAAGGACCGGGCUAAAAGCUGCGUGAUCAUGUAGACACGCGGCCGUCCAUCACGUGAAUAUUAAUGUACAUAAAAAUAUAUAUACCAGAGGACAUCUAUUUAUUCUUUUUUUUAUUUUUUUUUGGUAUUUUUAUUUUUGCAUUUUUGUGGAAAUCAGCUUUUUUGGGGUGUGUUUUCAAAAUGAGAACACUGAAGGACACUGUGAGGGUGGAAGCGAUAUCUGACACAAGAAGAGGACAGGAGACCGAUGACGACGUUCACGCUUGAUGAUUUGUGAUGAUGAUUGUCCCGCCGCGUCUCGGUAAAAAACAAAAGCCCUUCAAGGAAGUGGAGCCAUGAGUGAGAAAUUGUUUGCUUGUUUCUAAACUGUGCACACACACACACACACACACACACGUCACUACCAUAAGUGCAUUUCUGGAGAGAAAAAUGAACAUAUCUGCUUUUUUUUUCAUCUAAUUGUGUUUUAACGGCGUCUCUGUGGAAAAAUGAAGUCAAAUGUUAUUUUGUGCUACUCUUGGCUAAUGUUGGAAAUAAAGAAGCUGCAGAUGGCAAAGCUAA